AUGAAAGCGAGUAGGCAUGCUUCCUCCCUUUACCUCCUCUCACUUGUUAUAUUACUAUUACUUAGACCCACAUUUGCCACCAAAAAGUCUUAUGUGGUGUACUUGGGAGCUCAUUCACACGGAACUGAAGUCACAUCCACUGAUUUUGUUAGAGUAACAGAGUCUCAUUAUCAGUUUCUUGGAUCAUUCUUGGGAAGUUCUGAUAAGGCCAAAGAUGCAAUCUUCUACUCUUACACAAGACACAUCAAUGGUUUUGCUGCAACAAUUGAAGAGAAAGAAGCAAUUGAAAUAUCUAAGCAUCCUGAGGUUGCAUCGGUAUUCUUGAACCAGGGACGAAAAUUGCACACGACCCGGUCAUGGGAUUUCCUCGGGCUAGAGGAUAAUGGGAAAAUCACUGGCAGCACAAUAUGGAAGAAGGCUAGAUUCGGCGAAGAUGCCAUUAUUGGGAACCUUGACACUGGUGCAUGGCCAGAUUCGAAGAGCUUUAGCGAUGAAGAAUUUGGACCAGUUCCAUCAAAGUGGAAGGGAAUUUGCCAAAAUGAUAUAGAUUCCAGCUUCCAUUGCAACAGGAAGCUCAUUGGAGCAAGAUACUUCAAUAAAGGAUACGCUGCAACUGUGGGACCUCUCAAUUCCACCUUCAACACACCACGAGACAAUGAAGGCCAUGGAUCACAUACCUUAUCAACAGCAGGUGGCAAUUUUGUUGCUGGAGCAAACGUUUUUGGAUUUGGAAAUGGAACAGCAAAAGGCGGAUCACCCAAAGCUCGGGUGGCUGCUUACAAGGUUUGCUGGCCUCCAGUGGGAGGCAACGAGUGCUUUGAUGCUGAUAUUUUGGCUGCCUUUGAUAUGGCCAUUCAUGAUGGAGUUGACGUGUUAUCUGUAUCUCUUGGUGGAGAUCCUGCCCCAUUUUAUAAUGACAGUGUUGCCAUUGGAUCCUUUCAUGCUGUUAUGCAUGGCAUUGUUGUGGUUUGCUCGGCUGGUAAUUCUGGACCAGGUGCUGCUACGGUUUCCAAUACUGCACCUUGGCAGAUUACGGUUGGAGCAAGCACCAUGGACCGCCAGUUUCCUAGUUACGUCAUCCUGGGGAACCAAAUGAACUUCCAAGGGGAAAGCCUUUCUAACAAAGCAUUACCAAAUAAGAAGUCAUUUCCAAUUGUUUCUGCUCAAUAUGCUAAAGCCGCCAAUGCAUCAGUUGACAAAGCUAUUCUCUGUAAAGCUGGAACACUGGACCCCAAGAAGGUGAAGGGGAAAAUUUUAGUCUGUUUACGAGGAGAUAAUGCACGAGUUGACAAGGGCCGACAAGCUGCUUUAGCUGGAGCUGUCGGAAUGGUUCUAGCCAACAAUGAUCUAUCUGGGAAUGAAGUUCUUGCUGAUCCUCAUGUACUACCGGCUUCACAUAUCAAUUACACGGAUGGACUUGCUCUUUUCUUGUAUAUCAAUUCAACGAGGUCUCCAAUGGCUUAUAUCACUCCUGCAACAACACAAUUAGGCACGAAACCAGCUCCUUUCAUGGCAGCAUUUUCAUCCAAGGGGCCCAACACCAUUACCCCAGAGAUUCUCAAGCCUGAUAUCACUGCACCAGGAGUGAGUGUCAUAGCAGCCUAUACAGAAGCCCAAGGACCUACAAAUCAAGAUUUUGAUUCACGUCGUGUCCUAUUCAAUUCAGUAUCAGGAACUUCAAUGUCAUGUCCUCAUAUUUCUGGUGUUGUCGGCCUUUUGAAAACCCUUCAUCCAACUUGGAGCCCGUCAGCUAUUAAAUCCGCUAUCAUGACCACAGCAACAACGCGCGAUAAUGCUUUAGAGCCAUUGACAAACGCAUCUCACUCAAAAGCUACACCAUUUUGUUAUGGAGGAGGACACGUACAACCAAACCGUGCAAUGGAUCCCGGGUUGGUUUACGAUUUAGGAGUUAACGAUUACUUGAACUUUCUAUGCUCCCUCGGCUAUAAUCGAACUCAAAUCAAGUUGGUCUCAGAUAAACCAUAUAUAUGUUCCAAGCCCAUUAGUCUCAUCAACUUAAACUACCCCUCGAUCACGGUCCCGAACCUCAAUGGCUCGACAACUGUGUCUCGAACAGUUAAGAAUGUUGGUUCGCCAGGUACGUAUAAAGCUAGUGUUCGCAACCCAGCCGGAAUAUCAGUUCGUAUCAAGCCGGGUACUUUGAAGUUCAAUGAAAUUGGUGAAGAGAAAACUUUCAAACUUACUCUCAAGGCUAGGCAAUCCAAUGCAGCUUUGGACUAUGAAUUUGGCCAGUUGACAUGGUCUGAUGGUAAACACUAUGUAAGAAGUCCAAUUGUGGUAAAAAAAAUAUAG